GACCGACAGCUUAAGGAUGGGGAUGGGCGGUAUCUACGUAUGGAGUCAUGGUGCCUGACGCACGCACGCACGCCGCCUUCAAGCUGCUGCUGGGGUGGCGUGUGUGCGACGCUGUGUGCCUGCUUGUAUGUGGCCGUCGUUCGCAGCGCAUUGCAUAUCCUCCUCUCUGCUGCAUCUGCCCUCUGCGUGCUGCGUGUUGCGUGUCCGGGUUGCAUGUUAGGGUGCCUGUUUCAUGUUGGACAGACCGACAGGGGACUUGGCCGUCAGGCCACCUAGGGUGCUCCCUGAAACCGCUGCGACCGACAGCUUAAACUGCUUUUGAGGCUCCAAGCUCCAAUGGCUGCUGUCCCCGCAUCGUCACUCUGUAAGCGCACACAAAGAUCCGAAGAGGCGGGGGGGUAGAUGUGCGUCACGCGUUCCCUCGCGCCGUUUGGUGUCGGGAGAGGCGUGUGUGCUCGCUGGGGCGACGUGUGUGGCACUGUUGGUCCUCAUCUUGGCUGUGUGUGUUGUGAUCUGUGUGCGUCAGCUGACUCCGACCGUCAGGAGCUUCUGUGCUCCUACGCGUCCCUCGUUCUUUAUGAAGAGGGCAUCCAGAUCACGGUGAGUGACCAACACAACACCACAACACCACACAGCACAGCACAAAGCACCUCCUCUUCUCCCCUCGUGUGUCAGCGCGAGAACCUUGAGAAGCUCAUCGCUGCAGCGGGCGGCAAGGUCGAGCCUUACAUGCCGAUGUUGUUCGCGAGGGCCCUCGAGGGGAAGGACAUCAGCGCCAUGAUGAUGAACACCGGCGGAGGACCUGCACGUAGGCACACACCACACCCCAUCGCUCACCGUCGUUUCUCCUUCGAAUGUGUGUGGUUCUGUCGUUGUGUGCGCGUUGACGUGCAGCCGCUGCUGGUGCUGGUGGUGCGGCAGCAGCGGCGGGCGGUGCGGCCGCUGCCGGCGGCGGCGAGGCGGCCGCUGAGGAGAAGAAGGAGGAGAAGAAGGAAGAGGAGGAGGUAAGCAGCACAACCAACCAAGCCACAGACGACAAACCGAUCAGUGUGUGACGGCGGGUAUGUGUUUGGUGCGCUGUGUCUGUGUUCAGGAGGAGGACGAGGACAUGGGCUUCUCUCUGUUCGACUAAGCCCCGGUAUGACGUCUGGCGGUCUGUCUGUCUUGUCUGUUUGUCUGUACGGACAAGCGAGAUGGAUGGAUGGACUGCCACGCCAUGUGUGGCGGUCGGGAGAGGUGUGGUGUCUGUUUGCCUCGUUCGUUCUUCCUUCUGUGAUUUGACAUCGAUGCACAUACACACAUCAAUAUGCCACUUGGGUGCCUGACUGACCACCUGAUGCGACUACACUUGUUUGUCGCCUUAGUGAAUCAAUGCGAGGUAGAUGCAACACAACCCACGAGAGCGAUAGAAGUCCUUCAGCGGAACAAAGAGGAUGUCACAAAUGCGUUCUUUGCCUGCCUUUGCAUACUCACUCGCACCCACACACACAGACCCAUCAAGACAGAGGCGUCCGUGACAGCCUGCCUCUGCACGAGCAUUCCCUCC